GUGGCGUGGAGGGGAUGGCGGCGCAGGGGCCCCGUGGCCGCCUCGCCUCGUCGCUGCCGCGGCUGCUGCUCGGCCUGGCCGCGCUCGCCGUGCCGCCGCCGCCCGCCGCCGCCCCCGAGCCGCCGCCCGCCGCCCUCCGCGCCGGCCACGCCGCCUCCUCGCUGCCCGCCGCCGCCACCGCCCCGCGCACCAGAUACCUUUUGUACGAUGUAAAUCCCCCUGAAGGGUUCAACCUUCGCAGAGACGUCUACGUUCGCAUUGCUUCCCUUGUAAAGACCCUGCGGAAAAGUGAAAACUGGGUGUUAGUCCUGCCUCCUUGGGGGAGGCUUUAUCACUGGCAGAGCCCCGAUAUCCUUCAGGUCCGGAUCCCUUGGUCUGAGUUCUUUGAUAUCCCAAGCCUCAACAGGAACAUCCCUGUCAUUGAAUAUGAGCAGUUCCUUGCAGAGUCAGGUGGGCCCUUUAUUGAACAGAUUUAUGUGCUACAAGGCUACGCAGAAGGAUGGAAAGAAGGAACAUGGGAAGAAAAAAUCAAUGAAAGGCCAUGCAUUGAUCAGCUGAUGUAUUCUAAGGACAAACACGAGUACUACAGGGGCUGGUUCUGGGGUUACGAGGAAACACGAGGCCUAACCGUCUCUUGUUUGUCUGUCCAAGGAUCUGCUUCCAUUGUGGCGCCCAUCCUUCUGAAGAACACUUCAGCGCAGUCAGUGAUGUUAGACAGAGCUGAAAACCUUCUUCAUGACCACUACGGAGGGAAAGAUUACUGGAAUACCCGUCGGAGCAUGGUGUUUGCUAAACACCUCCGUGUGGUGGGAGACGAGUUUAGAAGGAAGUAUCUUCAAUCCACGGAUGAGGCAGACAGGACUCAUUACAAGGAGGACUGGACACAGAUGAAGGUUAAGACGGGCACAGCUCUAGGUGGUCCAUACCUUGGGGUUCAUCUCAGAAGGAAAGACUUCAUUUGGGGUCACAGAGAAGAUGUGCCUUCCCUGCAAGGAGCAGUAAAGAAAAUCCGCAGCCUCUUGGAGAUGCUUAAACUUGAAAAAGUUUUUGUAGCCACUGAUGCUGUCGAGGAGGAGAUUGAAUUGCUCAAGAAACUGCUGCCUGAGAUGGUGAGGUUUGAACCCUCUUGGGAGGAGCUGGAACUCUAUAAGGAUGGGGGCUUGGCCGUGAUUGACCAGUGGAUUUGUGCACAUGCAAGGUAUUUUAUAGGCACCUCAGUUUCAACAUUUUCCUUCCGAAUCCAUGAGGAAAGAGAGAUCUUGGGAUUUGACCCAAAAACAACUUACAACCGAUUUUGUGGUGAAACAGAGAAAAACUGUGAGCAGCCAACUCACUGGAAAAUUGUCUAUUAAAUACAGAGAAAUACAA